CUCCUGGUGUUGGAGAAUGUCUAUGACAGACAAGGUCAUUUGCCAAUCAAAAGAGAACUAGAUUUUCUAAGCCAAGAGAAGGGGCAAAUGCAAGCCUUGAUAUUGGAGAGGCUGGGGAAGAUCUGGGGGAGAGAAGUGUCAGUUUAUCUGGAUACUAGGCUGAGAAAAAGUGAGGCUUGAUUGGUCAAUGGUCCAAUGGGCGGCUAGAUAGUGGAGUGGACAGAACAUAGGACAUGGAGUCAGGAAAAGCUAAAUUCAAACACUGCUUCAGACACUUCUAGUUGUGGACAGAACAUAGGACUUGGAGUCAGGAAAAGCUAAAUUCAAACACUGCUUCAGACACUUCUAGUUGUGUGACUUUGAUAAUCUCCUAACUUCUUUUUGCCUAGGUUUCCUCAGUUAUAAAAGGGGGCUAAUAGCAGCAUUUAAUCCAUAAAAUUGUUGUGAGGAUCAAAUGAGAUCAUAUUUGUAAAGCACUUAGCACAGUGCCUGGCACAUAACAGAUGCUAUAUACAUGUUGCUAUUAUUAUUAAAUGUUCCUGAAAGUUAAUCAUCAGAUGUCCUGGAACUUUUCCCUCCACACCAACAUUUAUUCAGUGAAGCCUGUGAGGAAGCAGGGAAGACAGGAAAGGGGGAGAGAAAAUAGGAGGGGAAGGUGGAUAAUUAGGGUAGGAACAGAGCUGAAGCUGAGUUUCUGCAUCUGGUGGGGUUGGGGAUGAAAAUACUGCAUACUAUAACAUUUCUAACCUGCUAUGAGAGGAGGAAUUGCCCUCAGGAUUAGGCAAAGUCAACUGACAGUUGCUGCUGUGGCAGCUGCUGUGGGGCAGAAGGCUCAACCUUUCCCCCACACUCUCACAAACACACAUCUCUACAUUUCCUACCCUGGGGCAAAAUCCAGGUUGCAACUUUGAGUGAAGGACCAGAGAUGGUCCUUGACCAUGGAACCUCCUUGCUUCUUCUUCAUCAGGACCCUUGGAGGGAUCACUAAAAGUAGGGGAUGGAGCAACCACCUAAUGAGGAGGGAACACAAGCUUAACUGUGGGUUGUCUGGUCUCCUUGAAUUGUGUAUGGGGCUAUCUCUCACCUUGAUGAGUAUUAUUUUGAGCUAAAGGAGAAUAGAUUCACAAUAUAAACCACGGGGAGAUUGGGAGAGGGAAAGUCUAUAGAGAGCAUCUGGGGUAAUACCUGAUUUAUUUUUAUGGAUGAACAAACUGAGACUCAUAGAAAUUGCCUGGCUCCUGCAUAAAUUUGGUAUCUAACAGUGAUAUACAUAUAAAAAAGAAGUAACAAUCAUUGGGGUUUGAAGUACAGACCAUAAGAUUUCAACCAUAAGGAAAUAGGUUUAGGGUAGAGAAGGGAUUUGACCAAAGUCAUAUAGGGGGAAGCUGGGAUUAACAUAAUUCUUCUGACUCCAAAUCUUGUACUUGUGCCAUCCCAUCCCAUGGUGUCUCAUGAUAGUGAUGGUGGUGGAAGUGCUCGUUUCUCCAGUUUCUUCACUUUUUCACUGGAUGCUAUCUUCACAGAAUGCAGUAGCCUAAUUUCUAAUUCCAUCUAUUGUGAGAACAGACUGAGCAUGGAUAGUUUCAGUUAAAGGUUUUGGGGAAUCUGCACUAUCCAGUAGAAAAACAUUUUUCUUGGCUUCUAAACAAGUAGAAAUAUCCCCUUUCCUUUAGUUUCUAUGUCAGGAGCUGUUUGUUGGGGAGAAUGUCCUUGGUAUCUGAGAGGUGGAGAGACAAAAUGGAAUGGGAGCUAUAAUCUCUCUCUCUCUCUCUCUCUCUCUCUCUCUCUCUCAACUCAGAUUAAAGUUUCACUGGGUUUAGUGGUAACCAAACUUGUCCUGACUGAAGGGAGGGAAGAGAAGAGGGAAAGACAAAAAUGGAACCUUCCCUGAGGGUGAUUUAUAAGUGACCCACACACCUAGAAUGAGAGGAAUAUUCUAGAAUUAUCUAUGACAUCAUGAAAUAUCUCCUGUGAUAAUACUGGAGUGGAGGGAAAAUGAAGUCGCGGCUGUGGCUUUGGCUAACAGGGGUAUGGGCUGUGGGAGUAGCCAUUUUUCCCCAGGAUUCCAGGGACAUGACCCCACAGGACACCCUAUUUCUUGAAGAUAAUCCCAACUUCUUUGAUUAUCCAGAUUCAGCCAAGGACAAAAUUCUGGCUGUCUCCAACUUCAUUGGAGAGAAACCUGUUUACUUCACUUCAGAUUCAGGCUUCAAAUCCAGAUUCUUGCACCAAAUACUGUUUGGUUCAUUCAUCCUCCUCCUUAUCACCAUCCUCUACCAGUUCUGCACCCACAUGAGCUGCCAAAAGGGAUCCUAAGGAGAUAAACAGGCCAUCUCUGCCCAAAGCUCCUUGACCUCUCUACAGUAAACUACUCAAUAAAAACUCAUUUCCUACUGUGGCUGUUUCUACUAAAAGUAUAGUCUCUUCCCAUAAUCCCAAUACCUUGGGGCAGCUAGGUGGCUCAGCGGACAGAGCCCCAGCCCUGAAGUCAGGAGGACCUGAGUUCAAAUCUGCUCUCUGACACUUAGCACUUCCUGGACCAGUCACUUAA